AAAGUAUCAACCACAUUCAAAAUUUUCUUAAUGGGUACCUUGCAUCUUGUGUACAAAAAAUUUCUUGGAGGUUUACAAACAAGAAGAAAUUUUAGUGUGACAAAAUCGUUGAUCAUGUCGGACGAAGAAGCAAAAGCUCAGACCGCUGUUCCAACCGAGGAUACCAUCUUCGGAAAAAUUUUACGCAAGGAAAUUCCAUGUAAUUUCAUUUAUGAAGAUGAUAAGUGCGUAGCAUUUAAUGAUGUGAACCCACAAGCCCCGGUUCAUUUCUUGGUUAUUCCACGCAAACCAAUUCCGCAAUUAUCGAAAGCAGAAGACGAAGACAAGGAUUUGUUGGGUCAUAUGCUAUUGGCUGGUAAAAAAGUGGCUGCAGAAGUUGGCUUGGAAAAUGGUUUUCGUGUCGUAAUCAACGAUGGCAAAGAAGGAUGUCAGUCGGUUUAUCAUUUGCAUCUUCACUUCUUGGGCAAACGUCAACUCAAAUGGCCACCAGGCUAAUUUUCGUUGAAAUUCAAGCAAAUUUAUUUACACUUGGGGCAUAAAAUACACCAUUUACAGUUAGCUUCGACAGAAGCAAAUGUUAACAAUAAAAAAAUACAAGAAAAUUUCGUAACAAAAAA